GCGCCAGUGCCGCGAGUCGAGCGGGAGCAGAGGAGGCGAGGGAGGAGGGCCAGAGAGGCAGUUGAAAGAUGGCGGACGAAGCGGCGCUCGCCCUUCAGCCCGGCGGCUCCCCCUCGGCGGUGGCGGCCGAGAGGGAGUCCCCGUCGCCGCCCGCCGGGGAGCCGCUUCGCAAGAGGCCGCGGAGAGACGGCUCUGGCUUCGGGCGGAGCCUGGGCGAGCCCGGUGGGGCGGCCCCUGAGCGUGAGCUGCCGGCGGCGGCCGGCGGCUGCACGGCGACGGCGGUGGCGCUGUGGCGGGAGACGGCGGCGGGCGGGGAGCGGGAGGCCCAGGCGGCGGCGGCAGCCGGAGAAGGAGACAAUGGGCCGGGCUUACAGGGCCUAUCCCGGGAGGCGCCGCCGGCCGACGACUUCGACGACGACGACAACGAGGGCGAGGAGGAGGAAGAGGCGGCGGCGGCUAUUGGGUACCGAGAUAACCUUCUGUUUGGUGAUGAAAUCAUCACCAAUGGCUUUCAUUCCUGUGAAAGUGAUGAGGAUGAUAGAGCCUCACAUGCAAGUUCCAGUGACUGGACUCCAAGACCACGGAUAGGUCCAUAUACUUUUGUUCAGCAACAUCUCAUGAUUGGCACAGAUCCUCGAACAAUUCUUAAAGAUUUACUACCAGAAACAAUUCCUCCACCUGAAUUAGAUGAUAUGACACUGUGGCAGAUUGUUAUUAAUAUCCUUUCAGAACCACCAAAAAGGAAAAAAAGAAAAGACAUUAAUACAAUUGAAGAUGCUGUGAAAUUACUGCAAGAGUGCAAAAAAAUAAUAGUUCUAACUGGAGCUGGGGUUUCUGUUUCUUGUGGAAUACCUGACUUCAGGUCAAGAGAUGGUAUUUAUGCUCGCCUUGCAGUAGACUUUCCAGACCUUCCAGAUCCUCAAGCAAUGUUUGAUAUUGAAUAUUUCAGAAAGGAUCCAAGACCAUUCUUCAAGUUUGCAAAGGAAAUAUAUCCUGGACAGUUCCAACCAUCUCUCUGUCACAAAUUCAUAGCCUUGUCAGAUAAGGAAGGAAAACUUCUUCGCAACUAUACUCAGAACAUUGAUACACUGGAACAGGUUGCAGGAAUCCAAAGGAUAAUUCAGUGUCAUGGUUCCUUUGCAACAGCAUCUUGCCUAAUUUGUAAAUACAAAGUUGACUGUGAAGCUGUACGGGGAGAUAUUUUUAAUCAGGUGGUUCCUCGAUGUCCUAGGUGCCCAGCUGAUGAGCCACUUGCUAUCAUGAAACCAGAGAUUGUCUUUUUCGGUGAAAAUUUACCAGAACAGUUUCACAGAGCCAUGAAGUAUGACAAAGAUGAAGUUGAUCUUCUCAUUGUUAUUGGGUCUUCCCUGAAAGUAAGACCAGUAGCACUAAUUCCAAGUUCCAUACCCCAUGAAGUGCCUCAGAUAUUAAUUAAUAGGGAACCUUUGCCUCACCUGCAUUUUGAUGUAGAGCUUCUUGGAGACUGUGAUGUCAUUAUUAAUGAAUUGUGUCAUAGGUUAGGUGGUGAAUAUGCCAAACUUUGCUGCAACCCUGUAAAGCUUUCAGAAAUUACUGAAAAACCUCCACGACCACAAAAAGAGUUGGCUCAUUUGUCAGAGUUGCCACCCACACCUCUCAAUAUUUCAGAAGACUCUAGUUCACCAGAAAGAACUCCACCACCAGAUUCUUCAGUGAUUGUCACUCUUUUAAACCAAGCAACAAACAAUGUUGAUGACCCAGGUGUGUCUGAAUCGAAAGACGGUGUAGAAGAAAAAUUACAGGAAGUACAGACUUCUAGGAGCAUUGAAAGUGUUAAUGAACAGAUGGAGAAUCCGGAUUUGAAGAAUGUUGUCUCCAGUACUGGGGAGAAAAAUGAGAGAACUUCAGUUGCUGAAACAGUGAGAAAAUGCUGGCCAGCUAGACUUGUAAAGGAGCAGAUUAGUAAACGGCUUGAUGGUAAUCAAUAUCUGUUUUUACCACCAAACCGUUACAUUUUCCAUGGCGCUGAGGUAUAUUCAGACUCUGAAGAUGACGUCUUAUCCUCUAGUUCUUGUGGCAGUAACAGUGAUAGUGGAACAUGCCAGAGUCCAAGUUUAGAAGAACCCAUGGAGGAUGAAAGUGAGAUUGAAGAAUUUUACAAUGGUUUGGAAGAUGAUGCUGAUGGUAAUGAGAGAGCUGGAGGAACUGGAUUUGGAGCUGAUGGAGGUGAUCAAGAGGCAGUUAAUGAAGCUAUAUCCAAUGAAGCUACUAUAUCCAUGAAACAGGAAGCAGCAGGCAUUAACUAUCCAUCAAACAAAUCGUAAUAAUUGUCCAGGUACAGGAAUUGUUCCACCAGCAUUAGGAACUUUAGCAUGUUAAAAUGAAUGUUUACUUGUGAACUCUAGAGCAAUGAAACCAGAAAGGUGUAAUAUUUAUAGACUGGUAAAACAGACUUUUUUUUUUCCCUGUGGGGUAAUUUUUAACUUCCUUAUUUCUGUGCUUAUACAAACACUAACUCUUUUUAUUUUUUAAUUUAAGAAAGGUACUAAGUAUCUUUAAUUAGCUGUUGGACAAGAUUUUCUUUUAAAGGUUCAUUUGUAUGAUACAUCUGUAUGUAUAAUUCUGUUUUUGCCUAGUGAGUUUCAACAUUUUGAAGUUUUCAAAAAGCCAUUGGAAUGUUAAAUUAAUGUAAAGGGAACAGCUUAUCUAGACCAAAGAAUGGUAUUUACACACUUUUCUUUCUAAUAUUGAAUGGUUUGAAAUCCUCAAAUCUCUGUUCUGCUAAACUUUUGAUUCUUUAUUAGCACAAUUAUCUAUUUUUAAACACUGGCAUUUUCCAAAACUUGUGGCAGCUAACUUUUUAAAAAUCUCAUGACAUGCAAUGUGAUUAGAAGGAAGUCAACAAUAUGUGGGAGAGCACUCGGUUGUCUUUGCUUUUUAAAGUGAGACUUGGUGCUAACAGUUUUAGGGAUAUUGUUCAAAUGAAGAUGGCUUUUGUACUUCCUGUGGACAUGUAGUAAUGUCUAUAUUGGCUCAUAAAACUAACCUAAAAAACAAAUAAAUGCUUUGGAAAUACUUCAGUUGCUUUAGAGACAAUAGUGCCUGCCUGGGUCCCCUUAGUUUUGAGAAUAUUUGCCAUUGUUGUUUAAAUACCUGUCACUGUGGUAGAACUUGCAUUGAUUCUUUCCCACAAGUAUUAAACUGCCAAGAUGUGAAUUUGCAAAGCCUUUAUGAAUCAAUAAUAAUGAUACUUCAACUAAGGGGAGUGUAGUAUUUUGGACUGUUGCACCCCUCCUCCAUUAAUGAGAGCAACAGGUCCCUGAUUACAGUUCCAAAGUAGUAAGAUGUUAAUUAUAACUCCGCCAGUAAAGUAAGUACAUGUCUCCUGUUGGGAGGAUUUGUUAUAAUAAACACCAAACUACUAGCCUAGUAUUACGGAGAUGAACGUGAUGUAACUUGUAAUAGCAGGAUAGUUAAUGAAACUAGUUCCUAUGACGUGUCUUUAUUUAAAAGCUUAGCCUGCCUUAAAACUAGAGACAGCUCUCUCAGCUGCAGAAGCUUCUAGCCUUUCAAAAAAGUUCCUACUUUAUAUAAAAUUGCACAUUGAGCAUUUAUUUCCCAGACCUUUCCCCAACAGUACUUCCAGAUAAAGUAUUCCUAUGUUGCUUUAGUAUUUAUUACAACUUAAAAAAAGUUUGAAAUAUAGCUGUUCUUUAAGUGUAUAAAAUACCCAGCUAGGACCAUUACUGCCAGAGAAAAAGUUCUACUGAAUGGCCAUUUCCCUACCUAAACGAUGUCUCAGUCUGAAUUUAUUUGGCUACACUAAAGAAUGCAGUAUAUUUAGUUUUCCAUUUGCAUGAUGUGUGUUUGUGCUAUAGAUGAUAUUUUAAAUUGAAAAUUUUGUUUUAAAUUAUUUUUACAGUGAAGACUGUUCUCAGCUCUUUUUAUAUUGUACAUAGUCUUUUAUGUAAUCUACUGGCAUAUGUUUUGUAGACUGUUUAAUGACUGGAUAUCUUCCUCCAACUUUUGAAAUACAAAACCAGUGUUUUAUACUUGUACACUGUUUUAAAGUCUAUUAAAAUUGUCAUUUGACUUUUUUCCUGUUAACUUACAUUGUUUAAGGUAUAAAAUUUUAAAAAUCUGCAGAAUUUGUACAGCCUUUAGGGCUUAGAUGCUCUCUUCUAAUACAACAUUUCUUAUUCAAUUUGUAAGUCUCAGCACAACGGUACUUGAACACUGAAGAGUGCUGGUUGUAGCAAUCAGUGCAUCACCACACAUUCAAAACUAGUAUUUCAAUCAGUCUACGCCAGAGGCCUUAGGCCUUGCCUGCCUUUCUCCCUCAUUCUACUCUGCCAUAUGAAAGGAAAGAUUAGACAAAGGAUUUGGGGGUAGAGGGACAGCAGAGAAUGGCACAACUGUAGUGAACUUUAGUGAACUUUAGACUUUGAAGCUAAAUAGGAGAGGACAAAAAAACGACAUUUGGUAUAACCUCCUAUAAACCUGCUAUUCAAAAAAAAUGCCCUGCUCUCAGGUCUCUUGCCUUCCUCCCCAACAAACUUUUGAAGUCAAUUACAAAUAAGGAAGUGAUACUGCUUAUAUGCACAAAAUGGGAAAGAAGUCAGGUAGUUCAUAUCCUAAAAAGGAGGGUGUGUAGUCAUUUUAAGUAGUCAAAUACUUGGCAAGACCUGAUUUAAUUAAAGCCACCUAGUCAGUGCUAUUUUUAUUCCCUUUGGUUAAUGCACUAUAUAGUACAUUCCACUGAUGCAAUUAAUGGCACAUGGUUUAAUUAGCAUCUCCCUUAGUGGUACAUAAGGUGAUAUAUACCCACCUGCUGAAACAGGUCUCCACUCCUACACUUGUAAUCUAGAAGUAUGUAUAUGUACAUGAAAACUUCUACCCUUCCUUAAAACAUGAACAAAGUUGGCCUUAAAUUAAAGCUAGGAUGCUAGCAGAAAUAUGGAGAAAUGGUCACUUGGGAAGUUUUUGAAAGUACAAGUAACCUGUGCAUCGCCUCUAAGAGGUAACAUUUAAUUGGCCUAAAGUGGGGCUUGUGCAUAGUGUUAAAAAGUAGCCCCAGGUGAUAAAGUCUGUUAAGAAUUGAGAAGGGAAAAGAAUAGGGGGAGUUCCCUUCUGCACUUAACGCAUCAUUCCCAGGGGCUGGACUAACGGAACAGGGACUAACCAAUUUAUCUCUAGAAAUACUACCAGUUUAAGAAUGGGAAGCUACUGAAAGUGAAUUACUCAGAAAGGACAAAACUACCAUCAGGAGUUUUAGAGGCUUCAGAAGAGGUUGGAGAUUGGGAAGAAGUUGAGAAUAGGCUAAUUUGCCCCUGCUUUCUGAGAACUCACCAUGUUUUCCCAGGGAACACUGCCCUAUGUGCAUAUUACAAAAUCAAAAGACUUUUUUGAAUCAAAAGACUUAAAUGCAGUAAAAAUCAGUAAGGCAGGCAAAAAAAAUCUGUCAGUAAAAAUUAAUCCUAAUGGAUAGUGGGCCCCUAUGUAAGGCUGGGGCUCUUAGAAUGCAGUUUUAAAAACUCCAUUCUGGUUUUAUUUCAUGCCAAUUUAAAGACAUGUCUUGGUUCUACUAUCUUUUCAAUCAGUCUGAACAAUGGCUAUUGGUUAAAAUUACUACUGACUUAAGACAGGGAGGCUAAAAACAGGUUGCUCUUACAUAUUAGGCCUAUCUGGAGGCCAAAUACUCUAAAAAGUUAGUCAACUCAAUAAUCAUGGUCCUUAUAAUUUAGUGAACUCAGUAUCUGCCAACUAUAAAGCUCGAUAUUUUUGUUACUUCUUAAAAAGCAAAUGGAAAUUUCAAAAAUCUUCAGUGGUAUUAUUUUAAUUUCCUACCAUGAAUCUCCCUGCUGUUAAUUCUACUGUAUGUCUGCAGCAACAGAGGGAGGAAAAGAAUAUCAGACUUACCCACAAUUAUGCCUUGUACUGUUGUGUUCCCAGAUAAGGUGUCAGCCCUUGUUAAAAUACUUAUUCAACGAACUCCAUGUGAAUUAAUCCAAAGUGGCUGCUAUUUCACAGAUGAGCUUCAUAGCAUACAGGUUACUAAAAAAAAAAAAAAAGCAUCUACCUGUUUUUGAUGUGAACAAUCACUAUCCUCAGGGAAUGGAUGUGCAGGGAAACAAACAAGGAAGAAUUUUCAUUGGGAAAAAUGAUACUUUGUGAAAAAUUAUUAGGUCUUCUAUCUAAAAAAACAGCUAUGGUUCGCCAGAAGUUUUUAAAUUAAACUACUGAGAAGUACAGGUUCACAAUCCCUUCUCCAAAACCCUUGGCCUCAUUUGCAUUUUGGAAUUAUGAAUGUUAAGGACUUUUUUAAGCACACAUCAUGAGGCACCCCAUAGAAGCCUGAAGCAGCACUAGAUCAAACACAGUAAUCAAAUAUCAACAUUACCACAGUAAAAUGUAUGAAUAGUCCCAUUUAGCCCCACUUAAUACCGUAAGUAGCCUCAAUUCAGGUCAGGUCUUGCUGCAAAAUUACAUAUGCAAAUUUUUUUCCAGAGAUGUUUUAGAUUCUAGAAUUAUAGACCUCUAAAAAUGGAUGAAUUUGUAUGGGAAUGGGAACAAUCAAUCCAAAAUUUAAGACACCUUCCCUGAGAUGUUAUUUUGAAUUUUGAAUCUUAUAUGAGAACCAAUGAAAGUUUAAAUAUUAAACCAAUAAAUCUUUAUUAUUUAAACAAUUUUCACGGCAUUUUUAAAAUAAAUUUAAAAAAUAAAUAUUUGCAUUAUAGCAGAAAGUCACAUGUGUUGCAUCAACUCACUGUUACAAUUUAAUGACCGGAGAUAACUAAGCAUCAGCACCAUAAAACUGUUAAGAUUUGUUUCUUAAAAUUCAAGGAAAGUUCUAAAGCACUGAAAAUUCUGAUUAAAUACCAACCUGCAGCAUCAGUAGUUUUAAAAGCUAUAACCCAGUGACUGGUUCUCAUAGUAGCCAAUGAUUGUAUUCCUGGCAGCUGUACGACAAAGUUCUUCCAUUACUAAAUAUUAAGCUUUCCGAUAACUGUCCAUUUAUCAACAGCAUCUCAAGAUUCACAAAAGGAAAGAACUACAAGUUAUUUAGAUAACUCCUAUUUGUAAUUUAGAUUUGCACAAGGACAUUUAUUCUAGCAAAAAAGCAAAGAUCGUGUUUUCACCAUGCUAAUUUUUUGCUUUUAUAGAUCUAGAGUAAGAAUAAAAUCAUUAAAUUUUUAAGCCCUGAAAGUCAGUUCAGUUCAGUUCAAUUCAGUUCAAUUACAACCAUAGAAACUGUAUGGUAUCAGAACAUAACUAUUUUAUUACAAAACUUAACAUUAUUUACAAAAUGAAAAAAUAAUUGAAUGACUACUGCAGGCCAAAGUCAAAGGUUUUUCACCCAGUGAGUGAAGAAAAAUUAAGCAACAUUUCCAUGCACUCACACACCAGAUCAUUUGUGAAAUAUGCAAACUCUUAAAAUUCAUGUUAGUAAAACUUCAAUGUAUUCACAAUACUUCUAUGUUUAUUGGAAGAUGGCAAAAAAAAAUCCAUGGUUCUGUACAAUAAGUUUAAUAUUAACACAGUUUAUUUCCUUUAAUAUUUGUUGGCUUUCAUGAAUACUCACUGCAUCGAACAUUUUGCAAGUUAAGCAUUAUAAUAGUACCUCUGUCACCUUGCUGAAUUCAUCACCACAAGAAAAAACACAAAUAAUUAGUUUAAUGCUUCUGCAAUAAACUGAAUAAUUAUAACUAUAAAGUUAUAUUAAACUGAAGCCUUCAUUGUGAUCAAUAGCUUGGAUCAGUUUAGAGCGUAGAGUUUCUUUGUCUGUAUAUUUUGGAAGAUCCAGAAGAUUAAAACAGGUAUGGGAAACUGGGAGAUACUCCUCACCACCUCCUGUUGACUGGAUGACUAGUAUUAGACUCUUCAUACCAAGAAUAGGAAUGCGAUCACUACCUGUCAAAAAUA